AUGCCAAAGACGACUCUUCCUGCCGAUCCCGGCCCACAGGCGGACCCGGAGCAGUCAACAUCUUCCCAGGGUCUGCGACGGCUCCUUCCCGCAUCCAGACCAUCUGCGCCAGUUCCCAUUGCACCGAGCCGCUUGUCAGCCGUUGAGCUACCCCGCAAGCGACGACAGUGCGAUGGAACUCGGCCCAGUUGCGGAGUCUGUCAAGCGAAGGGCAAAGAAUGCACGUACCAAGAACCGCGGGACGACGCUCUCAAGCGUAAAUAUGCCGAGUUAGAGCGUUCGCAUGCUGACUUAGAGGACGUUAUCCGCGCUAUCCAGCGUCGCCCAGAGGCGGAGGCCAAGGCUAUAUUCGACCGCAUUCGAGCUGGGGCCGAUGCCCAGUCAAUCUUGCGCCAAAUCAAACAUGGCGAUAUCCUGCUUCAGCUACACUUGGAACCAGAGACGAGAUACCGUUACGAGUUCCCUUACAAGUCGCAAUUUCCAGAGCUUCUGAUCUCCAUAGACAAUCCCUAUCUCGGCUCUUUGAUCUACGAGGGCGCGCGUGUUGGCGCUCCUGCCCCAAGCCUCACGCUAUCAUCUACGAAUGAGAAAUACCAGGCCCAGUACCUUCGGCCUUACCAUGCCGCAAAAAUCAUCGAUUCCAGGUUGGAAGAGGUGAAACCAUCCCAGUGGACUAACGUCUCUGUUGAUGACGUGUUCAUGAGAGAGCUUCUUCAGCUUUAUUUCUUACACGAAUAUGACUCGGUCCCAUUAUUCCACAAAGAUUACUUCCUUGAUGGCAUGGUGGCGCUUGAUGACAGAUUUUGUUCCGCUCUGCUUGUCAAUGCAGUCCUUGCUCACGCAUCUACCUCCUAUGCUGCCAAUCCCGAUCGUGCGCAAUACUGGAAUCCGCGCAAUAUCUCAUACCAGUUCUUCGCUGAAACUAAGAGGCUUUGGGAACUCGAACGAUUGCGAGAACCCUCUCUCACCACUUUGCAAGCCGCACUUGUCAUGACCCUCAUUCUCAACAUGGGCGGUUUGGACAAAUUAGGCAUGACAUACCUAAUCCAAGCUGCAUCUAUGGCGCAUAACCUACAACUCUUCGAUUCGCCAAGUACGGUUCGAGACAUUGAAGUCCGCAAUUCCCGUGACUUUACAGCGUGGGGUCUUUUCUAUUUGCAAAGCAUCGGAUGCUAUUACUUUAUGAUCCCACCAAUGAUCAACGGAUCGACCAAGAUAUUCUUGCCAGACGUAGAGGAGUUCCCUGAAAGGUACGGCGAGAUUUGGAUCAAGUACCCUCUAAUUCAGGCAAGGGUUCCAAUGCGACUCGGUCACACAGUCAGAGCCAGAACGGAACUCGCUGUGAACAUGAAUCAUAUCGCAGCCGCUCGCUUUGAUAAAGAUGACGGAAGUGGCCCCGGAACGCCAAAGAACAUCAGUGGCUUUAUCGCAGACCUGAAGCGGUGGUACAAAAGAUUGCCUGAUCCUCUACUGCCUAAGAACAUUAUCUUCCCAUCACAGCUUAAGCUACACAUGUUCUACCAUAAUAUGCUUAUCGAUUUAUAUGAACUACUUUUAACAGAAGUGGAUGUCAAUACUUCGCCCGAUCCAGUGCACACGCAGGCAGAAAGCCCGCAACUCGCUUCGGAUCAUUCCAAAAUCUGCUUGGAGACGCUUGUUCGACUAUACUACCUUCGUCACGGGUUCAGUGGCUCGGAUGCACUACUCACUAACUUUCUUGUGCUUAUUGCAUUCCAGUCCAUUACCAAACUGAAGGCCGGAAUUCCUUCUCCAUCAUCAUCUUCUUCUUCCUCAGACCCCAGUAUACCUGGGAUAACCGCAUCGCCAUUCACAGCUCAAGACUUGAGCGACGCACGUUCUGCUCUCAUUCUUGCCGAAAAGGGUCUUACAGAGCAAGGACAGUGCUAUUUCUUUUCCCAGACUGUUUUCCACGUGGUUCUGAACAGCAUUAGCCCAGAGGACGCGCAGCUCGUACAGCAUUAUACGAAAAUCCCCAGUGAGGGACCUGAUGAACGCCGGAUGCGCGCCGAACAUGUUCAUAGCGACUUUCCCAUAGAGAUCGUCACCGUCACAAACGGCGCCACCAGCCAGUCUCUAGAUAAAUUGACGAAAAGGUACGCCGAGAUGACGCUGAAACAAGCGAACUCAGCAUAA